GAGGAGGAGGAGAAGGCUGGGCAUGGCCUCGGUGGGCGGGGGAGGCUCUCAUUGUGGCCCGGGUUGGACAGAGAGAGGACCUAGGAGGGAGCCCUGGCAGCUGCUUCAGGGCCCAGGAAGGACCCAGAGGGGCUCUGCUGGAAGUGACUGUGUGGAAGAAAGGCAUUCCUGUCUUGUGAGAAUACAAUAGGAAGCUGCAGUAGGAAGGAAGAAAAGGGUUUCUGCAGAGGAUGUUCCAUCUCCAGCUAAGAGGAAGCAGGAAGGUGAUCUGAGCCUGUGAUGUGAGGAUGAGUAUUUAACUCAGUGCCCUUCUGAAGAGAUUUUUCUGAGAGGCUUUUGUUAUACAUAUGCAAAGGGAUCUUGCAUCACCUUUGAGACUAACUGAAAGAUAGUGGUUGGUAGCAUGGACUUUCAUAGACAUGAGCCUACAUCCUCAGAUGCAUGUUUGGACUGGAGAGUCCAGAGACAGACCUAUAUAAGAUCAUCUAUCAGAUGAGGAAGUAGGCUCAAGUUUACGAAAGCUCAUGUUACCACCUAUCUUUGUACAUUGAUUUUGCAGACUAACAUAGCUAUAUCUUUCAAUUUUAGUUAUAUAAAUUAGUCUGAAAUUUUUCAUCCAGAUUUUCUGAGUAGAUAGCUAUGAACAGGAUCUGGAUUUGUCUACAGAAGAGUUACACGCACGGCCAGUUCCAGUGUAACUUACACAAUUUGCAGGCUCACUUAUCCCACAUGAACACCAGAAAUUUCUUCUGAAUUAGCUGACAUUUUGGGUACUGACUCAUAUUUUGGGUAUGAUUCUGUUAGGGCAUGAUUAUGCUGGUGUGUGUGCACGUGAGUAUGGUAUGUGUCAUGCCGCAGAGAAGCUUUUGGCUGUGUACCUUAGCUGAAUACAAGAUGGUGAAGGCAUCCUUUUUGUGUAUACUUUUUAUAUGCUUUUCUCUAGUAUGAGCGAUUUUAGCCUGGAGAUUUAUCUUACAUAUAUCGGUAGUUGCUUUUUAUAUAUUUCACUAAUGUAUGCAUUUUUAUUCAAAUUCUCCUCUUAAUGCCUCUAAUAUGUGCAUUUUAUAUAAAUUUUUCUUUGCAGAGUUUCUUCACAGAAUUCUGAAAAGUGUGAACACUUGAAGGAUCAUUGCAUGUAAAUUUGCACAUUGAUUCAAAACGUGAAUUGUUAAGUUCCUAACAAAAUGCAAACUAAACAUCACCUUGCCUCACCUUUGAGACUAACUGAAAGAUAGUGAUACCAUAUUUUGUACUCCAUAAGGAAAAGAAAUCUGCUUUGCAGAUGGCCUAAAAAAUAAAAGACUCUCCUUUGAUGAUUCUUUGAGGGCAGAGGUGAAGUGCUAUGAUGAAUACAGUCAGACACUCAGAGUCCAGUUUGUUGGAUUCACCAGGGAUUGUGCCACCCAGAUCUGUGACUUCUGCCUGUUACGACCCUGCCCCCAGAUCCCCCCACAUCUUUGAUACUGACUACAGGAAGCAGAUGUUGUUUGCCCCUAAUUCAUCCACUCCAAAACAUUUGCUGGGUAAAAAAACCCCACAUGGAACAUCCAUACUACCUAGAACCAGCAUUUCCUUACAGUCUCCAGAUGUGUGUGAUUUUGGACAAGAGAAAAUGAUAAGAUCAAAAAGUUUUUCAACUGCAAGGGCUCGGUUGUUGCCUGAGACAUCCGCUUCUUGGGAUCUUCACCAUCUGGCUGACCAUGAAGAAAGGACCAUGCCAAGCACAUGCAAGCAACUGCCUAUGAUUAGUUAUUCAUUGAUGGGGCAAGUGAGAAAGAUGUCCUCUUUCCAGGCUGAUUAUUGGGCAUGUGCAAUUCCUGAUUCCUUACCGCCAUCACCAGACCGUCAGUCCCCUCACUGGAACCCUAAUAAAGAAUAUGAAGACUUACUUGAUUAUACCUACCCUUUAAGGCCAAAAUACAAGCUUGUAAAGAACUCCAAAGACUCCCCUAUCCAUGAUUCUGGGAUUGAACUUGACAGCUUUUCUAUUUCCCCUGAAAGCACCCUGAAAUCUGUGGGCAUGCAGGACCAAGAACAUCAGGUUCUGGCGACCCAGAGUACACAAAGGUUUUUAACCCCCUUGUUGAAAAAACUAGAAAACCCAGCUCUGGGUUCUCAUGACAAUCUUUCACCCUUUGGGAAAGUGUCCUUUGUAGAUGGUGGUCCCUCUACUGACAGAAGUGGCAUCUUUCAUGAGAAGGCACAUAGUUUAUCUCCAAGGUGCUGUGGACCUGCUCCAGCCACUUCAGCCAACCUACAUGGAAGGGAGUGGAACACAAGGGGACAUGACAGUCUUAACAGGAUAGAUGCUACUCAUAGCAGCUUCAUACGCUCCACAAGAGUGCUGCCCUUACAAAAAGAAUGCUCUAGUGAUGAAGAAUAUCUCUCCUUACCACCUAGACUCAAGGAGUUAGAGACAUUGGCUCUGCAGCUUACUGAUCUGUCACUGAACAUGAGGAAACCUGAACAUGAUAGUGCAGAAGGCAGCUUCCCAUGCAUCAGUGUGAAUGGAAAGCAGCUUUCAUCAGAGGUUCAGGCAGAUGGUGGCAGCAAUGAGAGUCAGUGGGAAUUGUAUUGUGAUUCUCCCUGUAGUUUUCAGGAACAUGGUGAAGAGGACCUUCCGAGCAAUCAGAGCUGGAAAGGCCCUGAAAAUGUGUUGAGGAAGACUGCUAGCAGUGAUCUUGUAGAAAUAGGAUGCCCAGAGUUCCUAAAUAGCAGAAGCCAUCAGGUAAAGCAGGAAAAGGAUGGGGACUCCCUUGCACACCGUAUUAAGCAGAAAUUUUGCGACCAACUAGAAGAACUCAUUUGCUGGCUGCACAAAGUAGCAGAAGUUACAGACAACUGGAUUCUUCCCAAGCCAGAUGUUGAAAGUGUUAAGGCAUCACUGCAAAACUACCUGGAGUUCAAACAGGAUUUAGCUGAACAUGAAGCACUGACGGAAGGUGUCUUGCAGGAUGGUGAAAGGCUUCUCAAAUGCAUGACAUCAAAUUCACCAGUUCUACAGGAUACCCUUUGUUUAAUUGAAAAACAAUCUGAUGAGCUUGAAAGCCAUGCUGAACGCCUGUACGAGGCUGUUCUGGCAGCUGUGGAUGCCCUUGGUGCUGGCUUGGUGAAGAACUGUGAUGCACAACAAAUAGUUGAACAAUCAGAGUCAUCCAAAUAACGUCCCUGGUUGAUGUAGACUCUUGUAGCCCACCUUUAACUGAAUAAAAGAACUAUAUUUCAAAGGAGUCUUAAGGGUCUACUGACAAACCAUUUGGGAACUUUUCCUUCAAAGCUUUGAUCUACUGGAUUGGCAUCAAACUUCUUUCAAGUUUAAAGAUUACCACCAACUGGCUCCAUUUACCAGCAUCAGAGUGUUGAAAAGCACCAAGGUUAUACUUUUCACUGAUUCUGGAGUGAUGCAUGGCUUUGCAAUGAGAUUUCUCUAACAGUUGUGUUAGAUAAAUAUUUUGUAUUUCAUUAAGUGAAUAAAUUGUGUUUUCAGUGCCUUUCUGCAUAUGUACAUUAGUUCUCUUUUAAAAUAAUCUACAAUUUCAUUAACAUUUCUCUGGAAGAGUACUUUUCAAAUAAAACAAUUAUUUUGUCACUGUA